AUGUCGGGGCAAAAUGAGGCCCUACAGAAGAUGCUGCAGGAGAUCAGCCAGAAAAAGGCUUUCGCCGAGCAGCAACUCCUGAUUGUGCGCCAGCAAAAGGCGGCGCGUACACGAGAGGGCCGUAUGUUGCAGUUGACGUCCGCUGAAGUCUCAUCGCUGCCUACGGAAACAAAGGUGUACGAGGGUGUCGGAAAGAUGUUCGUCUGUACACCGAUUCCAGAUGUGCAGAAGCGUCUUGAGUCUGAAGAAAAGACAAUGAAGGCUGAGAUGGCGAACCUGGACAAGAAGGAGGAUUAUCUGGAGAUGACCUACAAGAACAGCAAGAAUGCUCUGGAGCAGGCACUUGGAGGACAAAGCUGA